AUGUUUCAAUGGAAUGAAAGUCAUGUUAUCAAUGCCGCAGGUGGUAGAAGUAUUGGCAAUUGGUGCAGUAAAAAUAUUUCAACAGAUACCAGAAGCAUAAAAAAGGGUGAUUUAUUUAUUGCCCUUAAAGGAAAAAACUUUGAUGGUCACAAUUUUGUAUAUGAAGCAUUUGCAAAAGGAGCUGUAGCUGCAAUAGUUAGCGAAAAUAAGUGGCAAAACUUUCCCACAGUCAUCGUAAAAGAUACGUUAAAAGCCCUGCACAAUAUGGCAUCGUACUACAUCAGAAACGUACUUUGUAACGUUAAAGUUAUUGCAGUCACAGGUAGCGUCGGAAAAACUACUACGAAGGACAUGCUAUAUACCGUGUUAUCACAGUAUGGCAUAUCUCACGCAACCAGAGGGAACNUAGGAGUGCCCUUGACUAUACUCAGUGCACCACAAAAUUGUGAGUAUUUAAUUCUUGAAAUGGGAAUGAGCAGAAGCAGUGAAAUAAGGGAAUUAUCGGAAAUAAGUAACCCAGACAUUGCUGUUAUUACUAAUAUAGAACAUGCACACACUGCAAAUUUUUCUUCUCUGUUUGAUGUUGCACAAGCAAAACUAGAGGUAUUGCACGGCCUAAAAAGUGAUGGCAUUCUGGUGCUAAAUAAAGAUAACAAAUACCUAUCAUCGUACCUUAAUAAAAAUAAAUCCUCCGUAAUAAGCUUCGGCAAACAUCAAGAUGCUACUGUUCGUCUAUUGAAUUUGAAAAGGAACGAAAGUGGAUUAAAUUUAAAUAUUCAGCUUAACGAUAGUAAAAUUGUAAAUUACCACUUACAUACUCAUGGUGAACAUUUCUCUUAUUCCGUACUGGCAGUUGUAGGAGUUGCAAUGGCUUUAAAACUUAAUUUACCUCAAAAUGCGUUUGAAACUUUCCAAAUCACUAAGGGUAGAGGAAAUAUUUGUUAUACCCAAUACAAUGGAAAACACUUAUGUUUAAUCGAUGAUUCUUACAAUGCAAAUCCUGCUUCAAUGAAAGCUGCUAUUAAAACUUUAGGUACAUACUCUAACAAGAGGAAAGUCGCCAUACUUGGUGAUAUGCUAGAGCUUGGUGAUGAAAGUGUGAAAUUUCAUACUGAUCUACUUGAUCACAUACUAGCAUGUGAAAUAGAUAAAGUUCAUGCAGUCGGUAGUUUAAUGUUAGAACUACAUAAGCUUUUACCGAGAGGGGUAAAAGGUGCACAUUUUGAUGACUCCAGCCAGCUAAAAAAUAAUUUGGACGAUAUUGUUCACAAUGGAGAUGUAAUUCUCAUUAAAGGUUCACAAGGUAUGCACAUGAACAUUAUAAUACAACAGCUUUGUUUGAAAUAA